AUGGUGUAUGCAGUGAUAGCAUCCCAGGGCUGGGUGCACGGCGCGGAAUGCUCUCCAUAUGCAGCUCACUUGUACGACGCCGAGGAUCCCUCCACCCCCGUGCGGACGAUACCAGGACUUUGCCAAGACUAUUGUCUGCAAGUGUGGCAAAAAUGCCGCUCCAUUUUUCGCUAUCUCUCUGCAGACCAAGAGUUAAUUGCACUGGAGAACAACAUGGCAAAAUUCUGCCACUACCUGUCCUUGGAGGACACAGACUACUGUUUUCCACACCUGCUGUCUAACCAGAACCUUAACCAAAACCUGGGGUUAGUGACCGCCAACGCGGAGGGCUGUCUCCAGCUCUGCCUUGUGGAGGUCGCCAACGGGCUGCGCAAUCCCGUUGCGAUGGUGCACGCCAACGAUGGCACCCACAGGUUCUUCAUUGCGGAGCAGGUUGGCCUGGUGUGGACCUACCUCCCCGAUCAAUCCAGGCUUGAAAAGCCAUUUCUGAACAUCAGCGAAGCCGUACUUACCUCACCUUGGGAAGGAGACGAGAGAGGUUUUCUAGGUAUUGUCUUCCAUCCUAAAUUCAAAUUUAAUGGUAAAGUGUAUGUCUACUAUUCAGUUGAAGUUCGUUAUGAAGAGAGAAUCCGAAUCAGUGAGUUCAGAAUUUCUCCUGCUGACAUGAAUGCUUUGGACCAUGGUUCUGAAAGGAUAAUCCUGGAAAUAGAAGAACCUGCUUCUAACCAUAACGGAGGAGAGCUGCUCUUUGGAGAUGAUGGGUAUCUCUAUAUUUUUACUGGAGACGGAGGCAUGGCUGGGGAUCCUUUUGGGACCUUUGGAAACGCCCAGAACAAAUCAACCCUGCUGGGCAAAGUGCUGCGGAUCGAUGUGAACAACAACGACCGUGGGCCUCUGUACCGAAUCCCUCCCGACAACCCAUUUCUCAACGACCCUAAGGCUCGCCCCGAAAUCUAUGCGUAUGGAGUGAGAAAUAUGUGGCGCUGCUCUUUCGAUAGGGGCGAACCUCACACCAAGGAAGGGAAGGGGAGGCUCUUCUGUGGAGACGUGGGGCAGAAUAAAUACGAAGAAAUCGACAUUGUCGAGAAAGGGAAAAAUUACGGCUGGAGGGCGAGGGAAGGGUUCAGCUGCUACGAUAAAAAACUUUGCGCCAAUUCUUCAAUGGAUGAUGUGCUUCCAAUUUACGCGUAUCCACACAAAAUGGGGAAAUCUGUUACGGGAGGUUAUGUCUAUCGGGGUUGCGAGUCUCCAAACUUGAAUGGCCUGUACAUAUUUGGUGAUUUUAUGAGUGGACGCCUGAUGUCUUUGAAGGAGGAUCGUGCUACCGGAGAAUGGCAGUACAGUGAAAUCUGCAUGGGGACGGGACAAACGUGCAUGUUCCCUGGGCUUAUCAAUAACUAUUAUCAAUACAUCAUCUCUUUUGCUGAAGAUGAAGCAGGGGAACUUUACUUUAUGUCUACCGGCAUACCAAGUGCCACGGCUCCCCAUGGAGUGGUGUACAAAGUGGUGGACACCUCUAGGAGAGCACCACCAGGAAAAUGCCGAGUUGACCCAUCGCCAGUGAAAGUAAAAAGCAAGCGCAUCGCGUUUGUGCCAAAGGAGAAGCUUAUUGUGAAAACACCAACGCCGCGUCCCCAGCUGAAGGCCAUGACCGAGGCCCCAUGGGGAGGCAGGCCAGACCUCGAAACCACCCGUGCGCCAGCUGUGGACUGGGUGGGCCAAGCCCUGCUGCCGCCAGGGAACCGGAGCAGGACACCCACCACCCCAGCGCCGAGCGGCAGGACCCCCAAGCCCAGGAAGGGAGGAAAGAGGAGGGGGCAGCGCAGGAAGAAGAAACCCCCCGGCACGGCCCUGCCGCUGCAAAAUGGUGCCGUGCGGCUGAUGGAGCAGCGGGGCCGUGGCCAGAACCAGGGCCGGGUGGAGGUUUACAUCGACGGCGAGUGGGGCACGGUGUGCGACGAUGGCUGGAGCUUGCCCGCCGCCACUGUGGUGUGCCGCCAGCUGGGCUUCCCCUACGUGGUGCGGGCCAGCAAGAAGGCAGAAUUUGGGGAAGGGACCUCGCUUCGCAUUCUCCUGGAUGACGUCCAGUGCUCCGGGCAGGAGAAGACACUGCUGGAGUGUGACCACGCUGACGUUGGCACGCACAACUGCUCCCACGAGGAGGAUGCCGGUGUGGUGUGCAGCCGGGAGGAGGUGGCAGACUGGUGACAGAGUAGCUGGCAGGACUCAGAGCACGUCCCCUUCUUGCCUGGCCCUCUAAACCAGCGUCAGUAUUGAGGAGGGUGUGCUCUGCCUUGAGGAUGCUGCGUCUGUUAGAAGUAAUCUGCUGUUUUCUUCGUGUUCAUCCCCAUCCAUCUGCCUUGGAGGGAAAGAAAAAGUAAAAUGAAGCAGUGACUUGAGUAUGUCGUGGGCAGGGACUGCGUUUGUAUGGGGUUUUUUAUAAGAAGAAAACCCCAAACAUCAGCCAUUAUAGAUUAGAAAAAAGAUGCAUCCUGUUGCCCUUUCACCUUUCAAAAUACAGCAUUCCCCAGCCAUGCUUCACAGUGUUUUGCCAAAAAAUAAAUUCCCAAAUGACCACGUUUCA